AUGCCUGGUCAAAAAAUUCUUUGCGUUGCAGAGAAACCUGCGAUAGCCAAGGCAGUUGCACAGCAUCUUGCUGGCGGCAGAAUCACCACGCAUCCUAUCAGAGGGAACCAAUAUGUCAAGAAUUACGAGUUUGACUUCAACUUUCGCCAAUGGGGCAAUUGUUCGGUAACCAUGACCAGCGUGCUCGGUCACUUGACAGGCCUGGAUUUUGAUUCAAAAUACAAAAGCUGGAAGUCCUGUCAGCCUGGCCAGCUCUUUGAUGCAGAAACUGUCACCACCAUUGCCAGUGAUAAAAAGGCAGUCGCGGAGAACAUUAAGCAGCAGGCCCGUUAUGCCAGAAUCCUCUUCAUCUGGACCGAUUGCGACCGCGAGGGCGAGCACAUCGGAGGUGAAGUACGCGAUCAGGCGAAGAAAGGAAACCCCAACAUCACCGUCAAACGUGCAAAGUUCAGCAACACCGAAAGAGCGCAUGUUAUUCAGGCUGCAAACUCUCCUAUUGAUAUGGAUGAGCGUCUUGUCAAUGCCGUAACAGCGAGAAUCGAACUCGACUUGCGAAUCGGAGCAUCCUUCACUAGACUCCAGACCUUGCAGCUUCAAUCCCUGAGCGAGAGUCUAAGUCAACCACUAAGCUACGGGUCAUGUCAGUUUCCUACUCUUGGCUUCGUUGUCGACCGCUAUCAUCGUGUUAGAAAUUUCAAACCGGAGACGUUUUGGUCGAUCAAAUUGACACACGUUCGUGAUAAGAUCAAGGUAACCUUCAACUGGGGAAGGGGCCAUCUGUUCGACCGAGCUGCCGCCACCAUUAUAUUUGAGUCAUGCUUGGAUGAAAAAAGAGCGACCGUUACCAAGGUUCAGAAGAAGCCAACUUCAAAAUGGCGUCCUCUUCCCCUGACCACCGUAGAGCUGCAGAAGCAAGGCAGUCGCUUUCUCCGCAUGACGAGUCAGCAAGUUAUGUCAGCAGCGGAAAAGCUCUACCAGAAAGGCUUCAUCAGCUAUCCCCGUACCGAAACCGAUCAGUUCCCUCGAGACUUCGGUUUCGAUCCCAUCAUCCAGCGCCAGGUUCAGGACAAUAAUUGGGGACAAUUUGCACAAGCUCUGCUCGACGGAGGAUUUCGAACACCUCGCUCAGGAAGUCACAAUGAUCAGGCACAUCCUCCGAUCCACCCUGUCAAUUACGUGGCACCUUCCGCCCUUGACCAAGAUCAAAAGAAGGUAUACGAGUUUGUUGUGCGACGGUUUCUAGCUUGUUGCGCGGAAGAUGCCAAAGGUGAAGCCACAGACAUUGAGGUCCAGUGGGGUUCAGAGUUUUUUCAUACUCAUGGACUUCUUGUCCUUCAGCGCAAUUAUCUUGAUGUUUACGUCUACGACAAGUGGGAAAGUAGUCAGCAGUUACCUGUCUAUACCGUGGGCGAGACCUUUGAACCGACCGAGGCAACUCUGGCAGACGGCAGAACGACCGCUCCAGGAUAUUUGACUGAACCGGAGCUUAUUGCAUUGAUGGACGCCAAUGGAAUCGGCACCGAUGCCACGAUGGCCGAGCAUAUUGCCAAAAUCCAAGAACGUCUAUAUGUCGAUACACGUCCACGCUCUGGAGGUGGGCGCAAUACUGUGCAAGAAUUCAUUCCAACUACACUUGGCGUUGCCCUGAUCGAAGGAUAUGACAAUAUAGGUCUCGACGUCAGCGUCAGCAAACCCUUUCUUCGAAAAGAAAUGGAACUCAAAAUGAAGGCAAUCUGCGAGGGUCAGCGGACUCGCUCUGAUGUCGUGCAAGAGAGCUUGGACCAAUAUCGCGAAGUGUUUUUUAAGACUAGCCAGCAAAUUGCUGUAUUGAAGGAUGCAGUGACGAAGUAUGUCGUGAACAAUGGCGGCCGAGCGUGA